GUGUAUACGGCCAUUAAUUUGCAAAGAGGAAAAAGUGAAGUUAAUUGAAAAGUUAUCCAAGCAUAAAGUAGAACAGAACCAUGUCGGACUUCAGAUCCCAAUCUCGCAGCGGUGGAGGGCGUGGCGGUCGAGAGGAGUUUUCCAACGACGACGAUCCGCCGAUGUCGCGGCUGUUCAUCAUUUGCAACAAAGCCCACUCGGAGGAGGACUUCCGCGAGGCUUUUUCGUCGUACGGGGAUAUCGAGGACAUUUGGGUGGUGAAGGACAAGCACACUCAGGAGAACAAGGGAAUCGCCUACGUGAAGUUCUCCAAGACCUCUGAUGCGGCCAAGGCGCAGGAGGAGAUGAACGGCAAGACCAUCGGCAACUUGGACCGCACCCUGAAAGUCCUCGUGGCAGCCAACCGCAAUCAGGGCUCGAAUAAGUCUGAAAACGAGCAGGAAAAGUAUGUAAGACUGUUCAUAGUGAUCCCCAAAACGGCCACCGAGGAGGACAUCCGCGAAGAGUUCUCCCAAUGGGGCGAGGUGGAACACGUCACAAUUGUCAAGGAGAAGAAUAAUGGCAGUCCCAAGGGUUUCGGCUAUGUUCGCUUCACCAAGUUCUACCAUGCAGCUGUGGCCUUUGAGAACUGCUCGGCCAAGUAUAAGGCUGUGUUUGCCGAACCAAAGGGUUCUAUUCGCUCACAGAAAGACCAAUACGGUCGUCCCUCCGAGGAUAAUCCCUUGUUCAGUGAUUCGGGACGUGGCAAUUCCAAUUUCAAUGGCGGAGGAAAUGGCAGGGACAACAACGACUGGAAUGUGUCGCAGAACAACGACAUGUCGGCCUUUCUACGCAUGCAAAAUGUCCCAGUGGCCCAGCCCUCGUGCCUCGAGGUAAUCGUCAGCGACUGCGUCAACCAGGAUCAGCUUUGGCGACUCUUCGACAUCAUUCCUGGUCUAGAUCACUGCCAAAUUAUUCGGGAAAGUGGACCGCGCGCCAAUGAAGUCCUAGUAGUGUACAACAACCCGGAAGCUGCUAUUUAUGCAAAGGAUAAACUUCAUGGCCUGGAAUAUCCCGCGGGCGAACGCAUAAUUGUCAAAGUUAAUGGAAUGAGCUCGGCUCGAAUCGACACAUCCUUUAUAGACAAGCGCACCAAAAAGGAGGCCAUCUGCAAUGUGCCCUUGCCCACAACUCAGCCACUGGCCUCGCCCGACGCCCAGGUGGCACAGCGUCUGUUCAUUGUGCUCUCAGCGAAUUUACCGCUUUCGAUCUUGAAAAACGUAUUCUCCUGCUGGUCGGGACUGAUUGACGUCUAUCUACUGCCGAACAAGAACUGCGGCUACGUCAAGUUUGCGGAGACUGAGAGUGCCCAGUUGGCCAUUGACACUCUAAAUGGCGCCGAAAUAUGCGGCACUAAAAUUAAGGUCAUGGAGGCGGAGGAGCGCAAUGGAUCCGACGGCGAUGACGGUGGGCGAAAACGUCUAAGGCGUAACUGAGUUGUGUGCCGUGGUCCGAGGUAAGUAGUUGUGCAAACUCCAAACCGAAACCUCUUAACGAUUUAACUGACGCAUUCGCUUAACGCUUGUGUGCAGACACUUCUGUUCGACCAAGCGAAUAGUAUGGUACUUACCCUGUGCACCGGUUGGCCAAUGACGAUAUCUAUGCCGCCACUGAGCGGGAACAUAAUAAGCCAAACCACUCUUUCUUCCUAUCUCCACAGAGCCACUGACAACCAAGAACUUACAGAGAACGCAAUGUACGAGUACGUAACUAACUUGAGAAUACAGUCCGAUAAAAAACAGUUGAACUGAGCAACACCACAUUAACUUACAACCAACCGACUAAUAACCAAACAACAAGAACAACAACAACCACCACCACAGCAACGCAGACGCAGACCGGAAACGGAGAACGAACAGUCAACGAAUUCACCAUACCAAUUGACUACUAUUGACUAACUCAAGGGGCUCUCGUAUAACAACUCUUUCGACCUUUAAACAGAUCUAACGAACACGCAAUGCUUGCUAUAUCAUAUAAUCAAAAUGACGAAUACAUAUAUGUGUAAACAUA